AUGAGUAGAAAACAUCGCCACUGCGAGAUGGCCGCCCUCUGCUGCAUUUGGUGGUGGUUGGCUUGUUGCACGGCAAUGUUCACGGUGGUGGUCGGAGACGAAAUAUUUCUGGAGUGGCGCGUGAAAAUAGAUGAGAGAAUCAAGCCAAUAUCACGAGAUCAGCCGGUCAUAACGGUUAAUGAUUUAUUUCCGGGUCCUCUUAUUAAUGUAUCAACCAACGAUAAUGUGCAUAUCAAUGUUUUCAACGAUAUGGACGAGCCUCUUCUCAUGACAUGGAAUGGAAUUCAACAAAGGCUAAAUUCUUGGCAAGAUGGGGUUUCAGGCAGCAAUUGCCCGAUCCGUCCAGGCAACAAUUGGACUUAUGUUAUCCAAAUGAAGGAUCAAAUAGGAAGUUUCUUCUAUUUCCCUUCACUCAACUUUCAAAGGGCGGCCGGAGGAUUCGGCCCGAUCCACAUCAACAAUCAGAUUGUCGUUGACGUGCCCUUCCCAACGCCCGAACUAGAUUUUGAUCUUCUCGUUGGCGAUUGGUAUUCUGAGAAUUUCACGACUGUUAGGGCUAGAGGAGGCGUGGGCUAUUUUCCGGAUCAAAUGCUUAUGAAUGGAAAAAGGCCAUAUAAUGGACCAAUUGCUAAACCCUACGAAAGUUUCAACGUAACAGAAGGAAAAACAUACAGAUUUAGAAUCAGCAAUGUUGGGAACUUGUGGAGCGUCAAUUUUAGGAUUGAAAAUCACAUGUUGCUAUUGGUGGAGACGGAGGGAUCAUACACCAAUCAAACGAGGUUAAGUUCCCUCGAUGUCCACGUGGGACAGUCUUACUCAGUGCUUGUCACAACAGGACAACAUCCAGCAGAUUACUAUGUUGUUGCAACACCAAAAAUACAAGCCAAUAAUUCAUUUGCAGCAGUUGGUGUGUUGCAUUAUGACAAGUCUACUGCACUUCCUACUGGUCCACUACCAAUUGGGCCUGAUCCAAAUGAUAUCAACUUCUCUAUCAAUCAAGCUAGAUCCAUCAUGAUGAAUAUGACAACUGGCGCUGCAAGACCUAACCCUCAAGGCUCAUUUAAUGUCACAAACGUGACACUAUCACAAACUUUUAUUCUUAAUGGACACAUCGCCAUACUCGACGGAUUCACUCGUUACACCAUAAACAAUGUCUCAUACAUAAGUCCGUCUACUCCAUUGAAGUUAGCCGAUCAAUUCAUCAACGGCUCAGGCGUCUACGAACUCGACAAAUACCCCAUUCACUCGGGCCUUGCAGCCCCGGUGAAUGGGACAUUUGUUGUGUCAGGACUGUAUAAGGGAUGGCUAGAGAUCGUGUUUGUAAAUAAUGGGGAUAUGUAUGACUCUUGCCAUUUGGACGGGUAUGGGUUCUUCGUGGUCGGCUUUGGUGUAGGCCAAUGGACGCCUGAGGUACGUACUACGACAUACAAUUUGUAUAAUCCAAUUGUACGUUCUACUGUCCAGGUUUACCCUGGUGGAUGGACAGCAGUAUACGUGUAUCUGGACAACCCAGGAAUGUGGAAUUUGAGGUCACAAAACCUUAAACGUUGGUAUUUAGGUCAAGAACUCUACAUUAGGGUUUAUGAUCCUGAUCCUAACCCUGCAAAAGAGCGUCCACCUCCUUCCAACCUCCUAUUUUGUGGAGGGGUUUCACCUCCUCCUCCACCUCAAUCGCCUUCAAACCCGGUUUCUGGUCCGCCGCCACCUGCUUCAGCUGAUGCGAAGACAUCGCACAUUGGAUGGUAA